CUCAUCCAGCAUCUUUUCCUCCUUACCGACACAACAGCGGUAGGUAACAGCAUCCUCGGCGCGCGUGCACCACAACGGGGAAAUUAAACAUGGCGCUCAUUCCUUCCCAAAUCCUCAGAGUAGCCAUACUCCUGUCGUAUUUCUCCAUCAUCUGCAAUUACAAAGCCAUAGACAUGCCCGCGCACCAGACUUACGGCGGUAGCUGGAAGUUUCUGACGUUCAUAGAUUUGGUCAUCCAAGCUGUGUUCUUCGGAGUGUGCGUCCUGACAGAUCUUUCUAGCCUGUUGAUGAAGGGCACGGCCAGCGUGGAGCAGGAGAGGCAGCUCCGGAAGCUGAUCGGUCUGCGGGACUGGAUGAUGGCGGUGUUAGCCUUUCCUGUAGGAGUCUUUGUAGUGACCAUGUUCUGGAGCCUGUACCUCUACGACAGAGAUCUGGUGUAUCCGAGACUCCUAGAUAAUUUCAUACCUCAGUGGCUAAACCAUGGAAUGCACACCACGGUUCUUCCCUUCAUCAUCAUCGAGAUGAGAACCACACAUCACCUCUAUCCCAGCAGAACGUGUGGCCUCCUGGCUGUGUGCAGCUUCUGUGUGGGAUAUGUCCUGUGGAUGUGUUGGGUGUAUAAUGUGACGGGGGUCUGGGUGUACCCUCUGUUAGAGCACAUUGACACACUGGCCAGAGUGGUGUUCUUCAUCUGCCUCACAGCUCUCACCAGCCUCUUCUACAUCAUGGGGGAGAUCCUCAACAACUACAUCUGGGAUUCCUCACGGAGUGCUUUAGAGUCGAAUAAGGAUAAAAGUGACUGAAUCCAGCGGCUGUCAGACGUUGGAACUGGUGAACAUUCCCAGCUCUGGAUGUUUGGACUGAGGAGUAAACUGACACAUGGAAAAGGGAUGUUGCUGAACUGAACUAACACCUUGCUUUUAUUCUUCUAGUCCAGAUCUUCAUCCUUUUAACGAAAGCACAGCUUUUCUACACGAGUAACCGUGAGAUUAAAUCGAUCUCCAUACCUUUCUGUAUUACUGUAUUGCUCAUGUGUAUCAAAUCUAAUCAUUAUUAUUAUUACUAUUAUUAUUAUUAUUAUUAUUAUUAUUAUUAUUAUUAUUAUUAUUCACUAUAAUCCAUAUCUCCAUGGUUUAUAAGCAGCCUGUAAGAACAUGAGUAUAUAUACACACACAUAUAUACAGUAUGAUCUCAUGGGAGGAUAGGCUCCAGAUCUCCAGAUCCACUGAGACCCAAACCAGGAUAAAGUCUGUACUCUGAUGAACGAGUGAACUCAUAGAUUAAUGCAUGCAUCAUGACUUUCGAAUUGACCCCAUAGGUGCUGUACAGCUUUAUUAUUUUUACACAGCAUUCUCCAUAACAGACUAGGAUCAGGAUCACGAUCAGGAUGAGGUUCAUGUGCAGAAGAGUUUAAUUACAGAAUCCAGGUAGAUCAAGAGAAACUCCUAACCAGAAAGAAUAAUGAGGAAGGAACAAGGUGAAACACAGCGUGGAGUGACAUCAUCAAACAAUGAGGAAUCUGUGUGUGUGUGUGUGUGUGUGUGUGGAGCGUGGUAUAGGCUGAGCAGGAAGUGAACAGGAAGUAGACAGUUCGAGCUGGAAUAGGGAUCAUUUCCUGGACUGGUGUGACCUGGUCACUUUCACUUACACAAAGAUCUCACGAUUUAAAGCACCGGAAAAAAGUUCAGAUCUGAAGGUUUACUUUUUGAAAAUUUAACCCCAGUUGUAAUCUCCUGGCAGAGUCAGGGCUUAAAGAUCAUCAUCAGUCUGAGGAAAGGUCAGUAGUUUGUCCAGUUGUUUAAGUAAAACAAUUCCUGACCAUUCUGUAGAUACUGAGCAGACACACAGAGUACAUUUAUUUCUGACUCACAGAAUAACACACACCUUCUGACCAAUCAGAUUUGAGAAUUCAAGCACACUGUGGUAUAGUAAUAUAAUUUAGCUGAGGAACAGAACCUGAUGAUUAGUGUUAAUUACAGAAAAGGUGAAUUCUGUGUAAAUUAAGUGAAGCAAGAGGGAAAUAGUUUCUCUCACACGCUUCAUCCUCUCGCACACUUUCUCCUCUCACACACUUCCUCCUCUCGCACACUUCGUCCACUCACACGCUUCAUCCUCUCGCACUCACAUGGUUUAGCCACUCACACACUUUAGUCAGUCGCACACUUCAUCCUCUCACACACUUCAUCCUCUCACACACUUCAUCCUCUCGCACACUUCAUCCUCUCGCACACUUCAUCCUCUCGCACACUUCAUCCUCUCGCACACUUCAUCCUCUCACACACUU